AUGUUCGCAAGGGUCAGUUUUAGAAACUUACAAAAGGUUUCAGGCCUUAAAUUGAGAAGUCAAAGUUCAUAUUCGAAGAUUACGAAAAUCGCCAAUUUGAAAGAUUUCGAAAGCUUGAUUAAGAAUCCUUCUUUGUCAGUAAUCGACUUUUAUGCAACAUGGUGCGGACCCUGCAAAGCUAUGGCACCACAUUUGUCCAAGUUGGUCGAAGAGUAUCCAAAGGUUGAUUUUUAUAAAGUUGACGUUGAUGAGAGUUCCGAUAUUGCUAAAAACUGCGAGGUAACAGCAAUGCCAACUUUUGUGUUUGCUAAAGGAGGUAAGUUGCUGGGCAAAUUGGUUGGUGCUAAUCCGAGUGGCCUCGAAAAGGGUAUAAAAGACCUAAGCGGUUAG